AUGAAGCUUGUUGGAAUGCCAAGAGGAGGACAGAAAGCUAUCCAUGGAACUGCAGUGAAUGUACCAUCAAAACUACAGCCAGUUUUUAUCCUGUUGCCCAGGCUUCCAAGUACAGCUGAUGUAGUGCACUUGAAGCUCAAAAGAAAACUCAGCGACACGGGGCACUACAUGCAUGAAUACAUUCAGCCCAAGAAGGUGAUAGAGGCACUCCAAUGGCUACAGCAAAACAACCCACUCUACAAGGACAUCACCAUCUUCCUUGAUUGGGAGCGUCAGUGGGAAGAUGAUGACCCUGACCUGUGGGAGGCCAUAGCAAACGCAUGUCAUGAGGAAAUGGAAGUCAGCCAUGAAGAUGAAGCAGAUACAGUAGCUGACAACAGUUUAUCUGUAUCCUCCGCCCCACUGUCACCUCUACCCACUGGGGAUGAUUAUACAAUUUUGAGCCAUCUGGCGAAGAGACGAAAAUUGCAGCUGAAAGAUGUACCUGGUGAUGGAAACUGUUUUUUCCAUGCUGUAUCCAUCUUCCUACCGGCAGCAGGAGUGCAAGCAAUGACUGGUCCAGAGAUAAGAGCAAGGAUGACAGACAGUUUGCCCAGCUGCUGAUGCGAGUUAGGACAGCUAGCUGCACUCCAGCGGACAUUGCUUUGUUGAAAUCAAGGGUUGUUGUAAAGACAGACGCCAACUACCCAAAUCAAGCAUUGCAUGUCUUCAAAACCAAUAAAGAAGUUGAUGACCGCAACAACGAACAUCUAAGAAAACUGCCAACACAAGUGUUUGACAUCAAAGCCAUUGAUCAGAAAAAAGAUGUCCAGACAGGAAUCAUAGAUAUCAACAUUUCUGCUAAACCGUCUGACACAGGAGGAUUGAGAGAGACAGUCUCAGUUGCUGUUGGUGCCAGAGUGAUGGUCACAGUCAACAUCAAUGUGUCUGAUGGGUUAGCCAAUGGUGUGUGUGGCACUGUUGUUGGAAUUGAGCACACAGGAAAUGAUGUCCAUGUGUUAUUGGUAGAGUUUGACAGUGAAAGAGUUGUUAGAAAAGCCACUGCUGGAAGCCAGUAUCGACGUACGUUUCCUGCAGCAGUGCCCAUCAGUAGGCAGGAUGUACAGUUUUUUGUUGGACGAGGAAGACGGUCAGUAGAAGCAAAGAGGAAACCGUUUCCCCUGUCAUUGGCUUGGAGCUGUACCAUCCAUAAGGUCCAGGGAAAGACGCUGGACAAAGUGAUUGUGUCCAUGGAAGGCAGGGGGAGUUUUAUGCCAGGCCAGGCCUAUGUCGCCCUGAGUCGUGUAAAGAACUUGGCUGGUCUAUUUCUUCUUGGAUUUGAUGCAGCUGCUAUUCGUGUCAAUCCUGCUGUGGUAAAGGAAAUGACCCGUCUCAGACAGAGAGUGCUGCCCUCUACUGUCAACUCUAUUGAUGAACCUCAUUCUCUCAACAUUCGUCUGCUUAAUGUUCGGUCUUACCUGGAACACUUAGAAGAUCUCAGGGCUGACAACUCUGUAAAAAAUGUUGAUGUCUUCUGCUAUGAUGAAUAUUUCCUGAAACAACAGCAAGAUAUUGACUUAGUUAUCCCAAAUGCACAAAGUUUCAGAGCAGACAGAAGUACUGCAGUUGGGCAAGGGGGUGGAGUAAUGACAGUUGCCAGACAGGAGGUUUUGCCAACGGAUCUGCAGUUGGCUAUCACUGGAGUAGAAUAUACAGUAGUGUCGGUAAAAAAAGGUGGCACACAGAUCAACAUAGUGACUCUAUACAGGCCACCUUCUACACCCCCUGCUGUCUUCAUCCAGGCAUUACAAGCCCUCAUAAGAUCACUUCCAGAUGAUACAAUCAUCCUGGGAGAUUUCACCUUUGACCUGCUACAAUCAUCUCAUCACAACAUCAUUUCAUUCAUGGAGAAGCAUGGUUUCAAUCAAGAAGUACAGGUUCCAACUACCGACUAUGGAACGCUUCUCGACCAUGUGUAUAUCAGAAAUUAUUUGGGAACAGAGGUCAAAGUUUUGUACACUUACUUUUCUGACCAUGAUACAGUGUGUGUUUCCUUAAAGAUUUAA